AAAAGGUCAAAGUUCACAGGAAGCUGGGGGGCUGCCAUUUUUUUCCUCUGCUAACAUGUUAGAUGCUAAAAAGACGAAGAGGGGUGGUCGUCGUUGAUUAUUUUUAUUUACUUAAACCCUUUGUACUAAGCUCUCUUCGCUUUUCGGAUUUCUUAGUUCAGUGUCGUUUGCUAACACAUGUCGUUGGCAUAUAAAGACGACAUGGAGCGAAUAACUGAACAGUCGUGGAAUUCUUCUUACACAUACCAGGUGAGCAAGCAUAGCGCCGAGAUGCUACACAACCUUAACACACAGAGAAAAGAUGGAGGCAGGUUCUGCGAUGUGAUCUUGCGUGUAGGAGAGGAGAGCUUCCCUGCCCACAAGGCGGUGUUGGCGGCGUGCAGCGAGUAUUUCGAGUCUGUCUUCAGUUGUCAGACAGAAGGCGACGGCGAAGCUAAAGAGCUGGAGAUGCAUACAAUCAGUCCCAAAGUUUUUAAAGACAUCUUGGACUUUGCAUAUACCUCUAAGAUCGUGGUCCGUCUGGAAUGUUUCCCCGAGCUGAUGACAGCGGCCAAGUUUUUGUUAAUGCGGUCUGUCAUCGAGAUCUGUCAGGAGGUGAUCAAACAAUCCAAUGUGCAGAUCCUUGUCCCUCCGUCUCGUGGAGGGGACGUCAGCUUUUUCAGGACAGCUGGGAACGCGGACCUGUCUUUCUCUGUGCCCGUUAAUAUGUCAAAUGGCAAUGGAGUAGUGACCAAUGGCGCUGUAUAUCCAAACAACGGGCAACAGCACACCGCUGCCGAUGCCCAUGGUGGUGAUACGGUACUGUCAGGUGUUAGCUCCCUGUGCGGUAUGCCGGUUUUACAACCCGUCGACAGGCUACCUGUGUCUCCGUCCGAGAUCACGGAGAGCAACUUCCCUGGAGGGUCCCCUGGCAGCAAACGAGGUAGAGGACGGCCGAAGAAAGUGACUACAGUCGAACCCAUGCAUUUCAAUAACAACACCACCACCAAGGACAUCGAUGUUUUUUCUUGUGGAAUAUGUGGGAAGAUAUUUACGGAAGUUGACGACCUGAGGAGUCAUGAGGCGCAGCAUGGAGCGCACCAUGGAGCGGGAGCGACUAGCGGUGGGGUCAGCGAAAGGGACGGUUUGGGUCUUGAGGACGGUCCUACCUUGAUAGCACACUCGCAUGGGGGGAUGAUGGAGAAUGGUGUCCCAACUCACAGCACCGUCGACAACAGCCGUAAACGCGAGAGAACACGACGUCAUGUUGGUUGUGAAAUUUGUGGGAAGGUUUUCCGUGAUGUUUAUCAUCUAAACCGACACAAACUCUCUCAUUCCGGCGAAAAGCCAUACGCCUGCCCUGUGUGUGGCCUGCGCUUCAAACGGAAAGACCGAAUGUCAUACCACGUUCGUUCUCACGAUGGUUCGGUGGGUAAACCGUACGUCUGCCAGAGCUGCGGAAAAGGUUUCUCAAGGCCUGACCACCUGAAUGGACACAUCAAGCAGGUGCACACCACAGAGCGACCCCAUAAGUGCCAGAUCUGUAAUGCUUCAUUUGCCACACGGGACCGCCUGAGAUCUCACCUGGCAUGCCAUGAGGACAAGAUUCCCUGCCAGGUGUGUGGCAAAUACCUGAGGGCGGCCUACAUGACCGACCACCUUAAGAAACACAGCGAGGGUCCCCACAACUUCUGCUCUAUCUGCAACAAAGACGGGCAGGAGAACACUGGGAAAUGCCCCCACCAGGACUCGGAGGGCUCCGACACGUCCUUCACCGAGCUCUCCAACGGCUCCGAGCUCAAGUCGCCGCACAAGGAGGACGGAGUCAGCGGGCUCAACUGCAACGGGGCGGGCAGCGGGACCCCCGAGACUCCAUCCACGGCGGGCGCUGGCACGGGCACGGGCGCCAAAGCCAAGGGGCCGGACUCCGACAGGAAGCACCCGUGCAGCGAGUGUGGCCAGGCCUUCCGCACCAAGUCCUACCUCAACAAGCACCUGCAGCGGGUCCACGGGGUGGUGGGCGCCGGGAAGGGCCUGGGCGACCUGUCCUCCACGUCCCUCGGCUCCCCCUUCUCCCCCCAGCAGAACAUGUCUCUGCUCGAGUCCUUCGGCUUCCAGAUCGUGCAGUCGGCCUUUGCGUCCUCCCUGGUGGACUCCGAAGGGAGCGGCAGCGGGCUGACCGGAGGCAAGUGAGGACGCGCAGGACAAAAAAAGGCCCUGAUGUCAAAGGUCAAAGGUCGCCUUGCCAUAGCUGCCCCUCUCCUCUCCUCUCCUCAGUGCCGCUUGUACCUCGCUCGCAGUGUUCCAUGAUGCCAUUGAAUAUUUUCUACCCUUUCAGAGCAGAGCAGGAUGGAAGUGUACAUAUAUGCAUUCUUCUAUUUUCCGUAUCUAAAGCAGCUAAACGGGUGUGUCCGAGCCCCUACUGGCAGGUUGAACACUUUACUCUCAUUGUACAUGUAAGUGUCUUGUGAUAUGCAUAGCAAUGAAAUUGUGCUAUGUGAGUUUUUCUAUUAUUAUUAUUAUAAUUAUUAUUAUUGUUUUGGGGUUUGUGGAGUUGAUGCGGUGUGCGUGGUAAGGUAUGACACGGAGCUCCGGGGGGCUCCACAAAGGCUUCAGAUUUGCUACCGCCCUCAAACCCCCCCAUCCCCACGCCCCCCCCACCACCCCCUUGCUUUGCUCAGUGACUCUUGAGUGCUCGAGGUCAGGGAGGUCACUGAUGCUGAAUGCUGAUGCUCGGAGGUUGUUGAUGACCUUUGACGUUCUCCUGGCGUGGUCCAGGUCAGCCUGCUGUUGGAUUGUGGCGGAAACAUGAUGGUAGUGGUGGUUCUUGGCAAAAGUGCUUGCUCUAAGCUAAGGUCAUUCACACGUCCCACCAGAGAGUAUGGCUUGGCCCAGAGGUGAACAGUCCGGUCGGCAGUUGCUCUGUGGGCGAACCAUAAUUCCUGACCACAACACAAUGUUGGCCGUGUAUGAUUGUUUCGUUUUGCUUUUGAUACCACAACAUUAUGACUCUGUGUGUUUGAAUGUCACACUAUUCAUAAGAUUAGUUCUUAGAUAUCCAACAGGGACCAAUUUCAGGUUUGACUAAAAGAUUUUUGGCAAGAAAAGUAGAGUCUAUUUUAUUAAGUUAUUGAUUAUUUUGUCCCUAGUUCUUUGUAGUUUGCAAGAAAAAAGUAUAUAUAUUGAGUUGUUACAAACAUUUAUGUGCUGUUCAUUAUUACGUAAGUUAUGCUACAUGACAUGAGGGCUGUAUGAGAACUGUGUAACUGUGUUUUGAGAGAGCGUGCUUGUAUUUGUGAGUGUGUGUCUGGUGGUCCCUGGUAGUACAUGCGUCUACCCUUCGAAUGUAAAUCAGCCAGUGGGCUUUUGUACAUUUUAUGCUUUGAAAUCUUUUUUUCAGAGAAUUGUGUUUACUCAGUGAAGUUUCAAGCAUUCCCUCUUAAUUUAUACUUUUUACUUUUUUUUGUGAUUCAAUCAUGUGUAUAUAACACACACAUACAAAUAUAUAUAAAUAUAUGAAAUGUAUAUAACUGACUAAGCUUAAUAAUAGAGUCAUCUACAUAAGCGGGGAAAGUUGUAUCGCUGUUGUUGGCUUGGAUGGAAAGUGUAUGUGAUUUUGACUCACUGGUUUUAGACGCGGUGCACAUGGUUGUCAAACAGUCACACACUCAUUUCUGCACCCUGAUUCAGGACCUGAUAGGUGUGUGACUGCAUAGCACAGCCAAUUGCAUGUAUGUGUGUGGUGCACUUAAGGGUUUGCCUGCAUGUAUGCAUUUCUACAUACAUGGUUUAUGAGUGAUCAUGGAAGAAAGUGUGUGCCUGUGUGUGUGUGUGUGUGUGUGUGUGUGUGUGUGUUUAUGGGGAAAGGUCCUGUGGGGUUGUCAAGGUCACUAACCUUGGCCCAUCCCCAGGAUAGCCCCCACCCCUUAAUGUAUUACACUGCAACUUUGAUUCACUGGCCUCUACAGAUGCUCAUGUACUUAUUAUGCACUUCCCUUUUCCCAUGAUCCCUUUCUGCAGGGGACAGAUCAGCUCAAUGUCCUUAAUCAACUAUGACCCUCAAUAUCUGCCAACUCAGUUCAGUCAUUAUUGGUGUUACCUACAGCUGCCCUCAACCCUACUUCAUGCAAAUUAUGUCAUGGGACCUCAAAAAUACCCCCGUGACUCAUUCUCAGUGAUGUUUGGUCUGUCUGGUGGAGGGUUUGUCUUUUAUCUGUUGUCCCUUGUGAUUCACUGGAAUUUUAUCAAUACUCUGAUUUCAUUCAUUUUAAAAAUACUUUUGCUGUUGAAGCAUUAUUUCUGUCUUGGCGUCCAAGUCUUAUUUUUCAUGGUCUUGCAAAGUGCCUUCCCAAUAGUGAUUGUGAUUGAGCCAUGGGUGGAAAAUCAAAAAGUGAAAUGGACCUGUCAUCUUCAAGGGUAGACCACAAACACAUGUAGAGCGAUUUGCAUUGACACUUUUUGUACGAGGUGAUCCACACAUGGAAACGAUGUACAUUUGUAUAUGUAUGUUUGGUAUUGGAUAUUCAGUCCCUCAAAAGGUUGUUCUUUAUGUCACAAUUUCUUUUGUUAAUUUUUUGGAACAUUUCAAUAUAAACAUACUUUUCUAUAGAUGUUUGGUUUUUGUACACUGUUUUUGGAGUCUGGUGUCUCUGUCGAUUUGCAGAGAUUGGGAUAAAAUAAAAUGGUAUUUGAAA